UUUUCGACCAGUUUGAGCGAUUGGUGCCCGUGGAGCGCGCCUGCAUCGGCGGAGUCGGGAACAGGACCAACUUGUUCGACAUCGUCCGCAGGGAUUGCUGCAGCAUUCCGAGGCUGAGGCUGGCCGGGAAGCGCGAAGGCGUCGAUCCAUGCCCCCUCGUACAAUCCGACAUCAUCAACGGCAUUCCAGA